CCAUGGGAGCAUCAACCUACCACGUCUGCAGCUGAGAAAGGUCCAGAGAAGAGCAUCAACGCAGCGAGCCAUAUGUCCAAAGGGGAGAACCGGGGCCAAGAACAAAAGAGAAAAGAAUAUUAUGAAGACGGAAUGAGAAGCGUCUGGGUUCGGGAACAACAAAGUGAAUCAAACAAAGUGGAUCCAACUUGGGCGUUUUGCGUAGUUGUCAACCCGCAAUUUCUCUCCAUUUAGAAUAGAUACAACUUCAGGGCGGCUAGAUGCAGUAGUACUAUUUAUAAAUAUAGGCAUAUCGCAAAUGCGCAAGUCCAUGUUUAUCCCUUAACGUGGAUGCAACCCGUUAGUCGCCGCAAUAACUUAUUUUCUCACUACGUUUCACUGGCUGCAAUGUUCUGACACUUAGCGAAAGUCAUUGGACCGAGAGAAAAGUAGGUAAAAGGGAAAGCGAUCGGGAGCACAGAUUUAUAACUUUAUCAUUUUGACGUCGACCAAGGAAUGGCGGCCCGGAGAGACACGCUCGAGCUGUUGCUCGUGUUCGCAUGCUGGCUGUGCGCGCACGCUGCUGCACCCAAGCAAGAAGUCAAACCAGAGUCAUGGCUACAGCAGUACGGAUACCUCCCUCCAGGAGAUCUACGCACGCACACCGCACGCUCGCCCAACUCUGUCACCGCCGCCAUCUCUGCUAUGCAGAGGUUCUACGGUCUCACGGUCACCGGCACCAUCGACCCAAGCACCUUAGAGGCGAUGAAGAGGCCGCGCUGUGGCGUCCCAGAUAAGUUCGGAGCCGAGCUGAAGACCAACCUGAGGAGAAAACGCUACGCCAUCCAGGGACUGAAGUGGGAAAAGAACGACAUCACAUUCUGCAUACAGAACUACACUCCGAAAGUGGGUGAGUAUGAGACCUACGAGGCCAUCCGGAGGGCCUUCAAGGUGUGGGAGCGCGUGACCCCGCUGCGGUUCCGCGAGAUCCCCUACAGCCACAUACGCGACAAGGUGGAGAGCUACGCCGACAUCAUGCUCUACUUCGCCGACGGGUUCCACGACGACAGCAGCCCGUUUGACGGCGAGGGCGGCUUCUUGGCCCACGCCUACUUCCCUGGCCCAGGCAUCGGGGGCGACACGCACUUCGACGCGGCCGAGCCGUGGACGAUUGGCAAUCGGGACCUUUACGGUAACGACGUGUUCCUGGUGGCCGUGCACGAGCUGGGCCACGCCCUCGGCCUGGAACAUUCCAACGACCCCUCCGCCAUCAUGGCCCCCUUCUACCAGUGGAUGGACACGGACAACUUUGAGCUCCCCGACGACGAUCGCCGUGGAAUUCAGCAGCUCUAUGGGUCAGGCUCUGAGGGUCACCCGCGCCACCCCGUCACUCCGCGCACACCCUAUCGCACCCCACGACCCACUCACUCUCCCAGAUCAGGACCUCGCUACGGCCCUGAUGCCUGCGAGGGCCACUUCGACACCAUAGCCAUCCUGAGAGGAGAAAUGUUUGUUUUUAAGGAUAAGUGGUUCUGGAGGGUGCGCAGCAACAGGGUCCUUGACGGGUACCCCAUGCCCAUGGGCCACUUCUUCAGAGGCCUGCCCUCCAACAUCAACGCCGCGUUCGAGAGGGAGGAUGGGAAAUUUGUUUUCUUCAAAGGCGAUAAAUACUGGGUGUUUUCGGAGUCCCUCCUUGACGAUGGCUACCCCAAGACCCUGAAGGAGAUGGGCUCUGGCCUGCCGAAGGACAGGAUCGAUGCCGCCCUCUUCUAUACCCCGACAGGCGGGACCUACUUCUUCCGUGGAAACAAAUAUUAUCGGUUCAAUGAGGACACCAAGUCUGUGGACGCAGAGUAUCCCAAGCCCAUCAGCGUGUGGCAGGGAGUUCCCGAAAACCCUAAAGCCGCCUUCAUGAGCAGGGACCAAGGUUACACAUACUUCUACAAGGCCAACAAGUACUGGAAGUUCAACAACCAGCAGCUGCGCGUGGAGCCCGGCUACCCCAAGUCUGCCCUGAGGGACUGGAUGGGCUGCCCGGAUGAGGACCCCAAGACCGGCGGCGGAGACGGAGGCCGAGGACGCGGGCGCGACGAGGACAAGACCCCGAAGGAGGACAAGCCCGACAGGAGAACGCCCUACCACGACCCCGACCAGGACACGGACGUGGACGAGACCCUGGACGAGGAGGAGACCAAGACGAAGACGACGGAGAAGGAGACGGUGAUCAUCAUCCAAGAGGCGGCUGACAGCGGGGCCGGGGCCAUCGCCGUGGCGUUACCCCUGAUGCUGCUGGUGUGUGUCAUCCUCACGCUGGGGGUGCUGCUGUUCUUCCGCUCGUACGGCUACCCGCGACGCCUGCUCUACUGCCAGCGCUCCCUCUUGGACAAGGUCUAAAACAGGAGGAGACGGGGGAGCCGAGAGAGAAAGACAGAGAGAAGAAGAUAGAGAGAGCAGAGAAAGGAGAAGGAGAAGAGAGGUUGAAGAGGAAGAGAGAGAAAAGGUAGAAAAGAGGAGGGGUGAGAGCUCGAUGGAGAAGAGAAGAAAAAGGUGACCGAAUAUCUAUGCCUGUGGCAAUAAAGUAGCUAGCUAUUAAAACUGAUGUCUGAAUAUGAAUUUGAAUCUGAAAUAAUUUUUGAAAAUGGGGGCCAAGCAAAGUUAUACACUCUAACCACCAACACAAGCUCUGCUCAGAAUCACAGACACACAUCAAAAUGGUACAAAAAGAAGAAUGAUCAAAAUUAAAGAAAAAAAUGGUUUGUGUUUUUGGGCAUUUCCAUUGUACUUAUUGCACUUGUAUUAUGCUAAUUUCGCCUUGGCUAAGACCACAGGCAGAUGUUUCCCUCUAUCCUUUCUUCCUCUUCUUUGAUCUCUCUCCCCUCCUCUCUUCCAGCCUUUGCCCUUUCUGAGUGUAGUUGACUCCAGCUGAUCGCUGUUUGUUUAGCCUUUUUUAUAGUUGCUGUUGUUGUUGUUGUUGUUGUUUGUUUGUUUGUUUGUUUUUCAUUGUGAACUGUAUCCACGACUACAAGCCCACAGCCAUCAGUCUCCAGUAUUACAAGCAUGUUGUUCGAAAGGGGAAACUUUAAUCCAAAUGGAGACGUCGCCUAUUGCAGUGAGCCCAAUGGAGAAAGCCACAUAUGCAUUGCAAUUCGUCCUUGAUUUUAACUGUGGGUCCACAGACAUCAAUUUCUUGCACAUUUUACAUACCGUAAGGUCUCUCUCACACACACACACACACAGACACACACACUCCCACACACAUACGCACACACGUGGACACACAGAUAUGUAUCACAGGGGAGUGUAUGUUCUGUUGAACAAUCAAAAACAAAGAACCCAGAGCCAGUAUUGUGUCUCCUGCCCCAGCCCAUGUCUUUCUACACUAAAUGCUGAAAUGUUUGUUCUGUGUGCAGUAAUAGCCAAUAAUAUUGUACUGUAAAGUUAAUUCCUAUUAUAUUAUAAAUGAUAAUGUCAUUAUGAUGACAAUUAUUAUUAUUGUUGUUGUUGUUGCUCUCCUUGUAAAGACUGUUGUUAACAUUGCAAUUAAAUAAUGUCCUGCUGGACAGGCAAGUAUGAAGUGGCCUUUAUUUUGGGAAGUGAAGGGGGGGGGAUUUAUUUUGAAAUCUGUUUUUUUUACAUCUCAAAAAUAAAUUAAAAGUAUGAAAAUAA